AUGUUGGCUUUUCGUCCUUUCACUGUGGUGGAAAAGCACCUCAGCGACGAGAAGACAACUCACGAGAUGAAGGACACCGAAACUGAGGAAGAUUUUCUUCUGUCUCAUUUUGGCGGUGAAUUGAAACGACUGGUCGCUACAGAACUGGAGCGAACAGGUGUAAAUACGGAGAUUAUGAACGCGGGAGAUUACCAGAAGCUGGUGGAUCGUUUUAAGUUGCAUCCUGGGUAUGUUCAAAUUUACUGA